AUGAACUCGAUUAAUUUUAUAUCGAGCACAUGCGACGAUUCGGAUUCAAAAGUUGUCGAAAGACGUAAUAAUUUCUCUGUCGAAAAAGAAGAAUCACUCGAUUGUGAAUCGGAAACUGAAUAUGAUAGUGAAAAUGAAACAAUUGAUGUGUUAUGUGAAAACAGUGGAAUAUCAUCAAGAGAUAGUACGCCACAAUUUAAUACUCUAUCAAACCCGUUUGUUCGACCCGACGGAGUUUUCCUUUUCGAGCAACAUCUUGGUGUGUACACUGAUAAAUCAGUGCCUAAAAAAACAAUACGUGAUAAAAGUGCUACUGUGAAUUUUAGUGAAAGAAACAAAUUAAAUAGUUCAAGUGACACUAAAAGUAAAACUUUUCUUAUAGACGAUAUUUUGGGUAAUAAUAAAAACCACAGUGUUUCCGGUGAUAAGUCUACAAGUCAAGAAAACCGUGACAGCCCGGAAGAAAAUGCUGAUGAAUAUAAUGUAUCAUCAACAUCGACUUGUCAGGAACUAACGGCCCUAAACAGCGCGGAGCUGCUCGCGGGGCAUGCGUACGCGCACUGGCUCGCUACACACCAACCAUCCACCACCUUUUAUGAUGACAAAAGCAACAGACGACCCAGAAGAGCUGGACCGGAACGCAAACCGCGACAAGCAUACAGCGCUAAACAACUCGAACGACUCGAAGCGGAAUUCAAAAUGGAUAAAUAUCUCAGCGUAUCCAAGAGAAUGGAACUAUCUAAAGCACUCGGUCUCACAGAAGUACAAAUAAAGACGUGGUUUCAAAACAGAAGAACGAAAUGGAAGAAGCAGUUAACGUCGCGUUUAAAGAUAGCCCAGCGUCAAGGUAUAUUUCCUGGACAAAUAUUCGGGCAUAGUCAUCAGGCUUAUUCACUUUUAAAUCCUUACGCCUACGCUCCACUAGGUUGUGUAUUCACUCCAGUGACUUUACCGUCUACGCCAUAA